AUGAAGCAUUUCAAUGGCAUCCCCUUUUUUGUACUCUUCGUAAAUGUGUGCAUUCACCAAAAUAAUGUUGUGAGCAACGAAAUUGUUAAUUUGAAAAAUCCCAACUUGAGAAACGGCUGGGCAGGAAAAGAAGUUACCCUGCAGGAUGAGCAAAGCGAUUUAGACAGAAAAAACAGUGGUGAGAUGAACCCAAACGGAAGCCACAACGAAUUGGUACCCAAAUCGGAUGAAGACUCACUCCAGACGCAGGGACAAAAUAACAAUGUGGUGGCCGAAUCGGAAAAUUUAAAAAAAGCAAAAGAAGCAAAAGCUAAUGCAGAAAAGGCGGGAGCAGAAGCUGAAACAGCUAAACAAAAAAUAUUAGAAGCGGAAAAAGAAACAGAAAAGGCAGAACAGGGAAUAAAAGAUGCCAUAAAGAAGAUGAAAGAAUACGCAUUAAGCAAAGAAUCCGAAUUGAAGAAGAAGACUGAAGAAAUAAAAUCUGCAGCAGAUGAAGCAACUGAGGGAAACGCUGAAGAAAAGGCAAAAGCAGUGGAGGCAGCAAAAGAACAAAUGAAAAAGGCAGCUGAAAUAGUAUCUGAAGUGGUAAAGGCAGUGGUGGCAGCAAAAGAAGCCCAAAAAGCGAACGAAGAAGCUCAAAAUGCGAAAAACAAUAUUGUAAAGAUAGAACCCAAAGAAGCAGGUACAGGUGACGCAGAAUCUAAAGCAAAACAAGCUGCUAAAAUAGUGAAAGAUAAGAUAACAGUAGUAACAGAAAAAGCGGAGCAAGCAUCAACCAAAGCAACAGAAGCAGCAAAAAAGGCAACAGAUACAGCACAAAAAGCAACAGAAGCAAUAACAAGCGAGGUAAAAGAAAUAAAGCCAGAAAAUGUAGAUGAAAUAAAACAAGAAAAUGUAAAUGAAAUAAAAAAUUUAGCAUCUGAUGCUGUGAAUGCCGCAAAGGACGCCAAGAAGGCAAAGGGAGAAGCGCAAAUAAAUGCGGAAAUAGUAAAAUUAGAAGUAGCAAAAGAAGAAGCAAAAAAAGCAGUAGCAAGUGCUAAAAAAGCGAAAGACGAAGCAGCAGCUGCAGCAAAAACUUCAGAAUUAGCAAAACUGGCUGCUACGAGAGCGGCCAAAAAAGCAGAAGAAGCAGAAACAAAAGCAAACUUAUUGGAAAAUAAAAAUGAGCAAGAUGCAAUCUCAUUAGCAGAAACCUCGGCAACCGCAGCAGUAGAGGCAGCUGAAAAAGCAGAAACUGGAGAAGAACAAACCAAAGAAGCAGAGGCAGAAGGAAAAAUAAAGACUCUAAUACAAAAUGUAGCAAAAGCAGUAGAGACUACAAAUCAAGUCAAGAAAGCACAAAUAGAGGCAGAAAUAGCUGCCGAAGUAGCCAAAUUAGAAGAAGAUUCUGAAAUGGCUCAGAAGGAAGUCGAAAAGGCGGAAGAAGCAAAUGCAAAGGCAAAACAAGCAAGCCUAGAAGCGCAAGAUGCAAAGACACAAACGGAAAAGGCAGCAAAAGCAGCUGCAAUGGCAAAGGCAGAAGAAUCAGCAGCAACAGAAGUAGAAACAGCAAUAAAGGCAGAAAAAGAAGUAGCUCAUGCAAAAAUGGAAGCAGAAGAAGAAUCAACUGAAGCGGUAGAAAAAGCACAUGCAAUAAAAAUGCAGUUACAAGUAGCUACAAUGGCAGAAAAAAAAGCAGCCACGGAAACAGACAUCACCAAAUUAGAGGAAGCAAAAAAGGAAGCACAAGAUGCGACCCAAAAUGCUAAGCAAAAGUUAUUAAUUGUACAACAUGCAUCGAUACUGGCAAUUGCAAAAUCACAAGAUGCUGCAAACUCGUUGGAAAAGGUGAAAAAGGCAGCUGAGGUAGCAAAGGCAAAGUUGGCAAAAGCAGAAGCGAAAAAUCAAGCAGAAGAAGCUAAGGCUAUAGCAGCUAAAGCAGAAGAAUCAUCGAAAGGAACAAAAGCAUCAACAGCAGAGAAAACCAAAGCAGACGCUGCAGCGAAAGAAGCAGCAGUACAAGCGAGUAAGGCAGCAGACGAAGCGGAAAAAGCUAAGACUGCAGCGGAGAACACAAAAAAUGCAGAAACAGCAGCCGCAGCAAAAGUAGAGGCAAAUAAAGCUAUCGUCGCAGCAAAGGAAGCGAUGAUUGCAAAAAUUAAAGCAGCACACGAAUUUCUAAAAACAAAAAACCAGGAUAUACUAGAACCAGUGGAAAUGUUUUCUGCGGGAACGGAAAAUGUAACGGAUAGGGAGGAACCAGUAAGGGAAGAAGUGGAGGAACAGGGAGAUGGGCAUAACGAGGAAGGCGAAGAAGCAGAAGAGGUGGAAGAGGCGGAAGAGGUGGAAGCGCCAUUACCGAAUGGUUCUAAUGGACAAGAGGAUGACGUAGAUUUGGAGGUGGACGACGGUGGAGAAGUGGAAGAAAACGUAGCAGCUAAUCAACAAAAAGGCGACAACCUUGAAAACGCAAAAAUUAACGAUACUGUAACAGAAGCGCUGGUAAAAUCGAUGACAUCGUUAGUUUCAGAGGACCCCUCGGUUGGCGACACCGUAAAGGAGUUCCUCUCCGAUAUGAAUCACGUAUUUCUGAGUUGGUAA